AUGGCGGAACUAGCCUCCGUCAAGGUCGUCUUGCUAGACAUCGAGGGUACCGUCUGCCCAAUCUCAUUCGUAAAGGCUGUUCUGUUCCCUUAUGCCCUAGAGGCCAUCCCUGAAACUUUGAAGUCGAAGUGGGACGACCCAGAAUUCGUUCCCUACAGAGAUGCCUUUCCAACAGAGCACAAGGCCUCGCCCGAGGCGUUCCAGGCUCAUGUGCAGGACCUGAUGGCUCGCGACAUCAAAGUCUCGUAUCUCAAGGCCCUGCAGGGAUAUUUGUGGGAGAGUGGCUACAAGACUGGCCAACUGAAGGCACCGCUCUUUGACGACGUCCCGCUCAAGCUCAGGGAAUGGAAGCAAAGGGGCCUAGAGAUCAUGAUCUACUCCAGCGGGUCUGUGCCAGCCCAGAAACUGCUGUUCAGAUAUACCAACUCUGAGCCGGCUGACCUGAACCCCCUCAUCUCCGAUUACUUUGACACGGUCAAUGCUGGACUGAAGACGGAAGGGUCAAGUUAUGCGAAGAUUGCGGCCGCUCAUGACCGCUACCCUCCCGGCAGCUGGCUGUUUUUGAGCGACAAUGUCAAGGAGGUUGAGGCGGCAAAGGCCGCUGGCAUGGGGAGCUUCGUCGUCCAAAGACCAGGGAACUCUGACCUGCCGGCGGAUGUUGAGAAGCACCACAGGGUCAUCAGCAGCUUCGAUGCGAUUUCUUGA